ACAGUUUGUUUACUGUAUAUCAAGAAAUUUCCAAGGAUUUCAAAUUCCUUCAAUACCAUCCUAUAACAUUCCCUCGGAUAUCUAACAAAGGAGGAUAUUUAUAUUUUCACCUACGAAAUUGCAAAAAUACUUUAUUAAAGGAGCAUUUUACAAUGUCAGCAAUAUCUGUGAGAGGUCAACCUUUUCGCCCUAGAACAAGUGUGUCUUGCCGAAGUGGCCAACGGGUCGUUCCCCCAUUCUCAAUCCAAUCCCUGCAAAAGAAUUCCAAGGUUCUGGAAGGUCCACCAAAACUGCAAAAACGCAAACAUAUAAUACAGCCCAGAGUUACAUCCUUUCGAAUGUACUACGAUAGAGGAGAUUUGCCUAUUAAAAUGGAAUACCUCACAGGUGGCGAUAAAAUUGCGUGGACGGUUGACAUUGAAAAACUAGACUACAGCCUCUACCUUCCACUAUUUUUUGAUGGACUAUCGGAAACAAAACAUCCCCACAAAACAUACGCUAGACAAGGAGUUCUGGAUUUGAUUGCACAUGGCGGGGACAAAAUUUACCCGGUCAUCCCGCAAUUAAUUAUUCCGAUAAAAAACGCACUCAGCACUGGGAAUAAGGAAGUGAUGUGUAUUACUUUGAAGAUACUGCAACAGCUGGUCAUGUCCUCUGAUUUGAUAGGACCAGCUCUGGUGCCAUUUUAUCGGCAACUUCUGCCAAUGUUCAAUCUCCACAAAGUAAGGAAUAUCAAUUGUGGAGAUGAAAUCGAUUAUGGUCAAAAGAACAGCCUGAAUUUGGGCGAUCUCAUUGAUGAAACUCUGCAGGUUCUGGAGAUGCAUGGCGGCGAAGACGCUUUUAUAAAUAUUAAAUAUAUGGUUCCCACCUAUGAGUCAUGUUAUUUGAACUAGGAGUGUAAACGAUAAGAACUUGUGCCAAAAUACAUUGUAAGUCGUUAAGUAAGAUUUAAACAUUAAAAUAUGAAUAAAUAUUU